CAAAAUUCAAACUCCCGUCCCCCUAAACUCCUUCUAAUCAAACAAUAAUUCAAGUAAUUAAAAAUAAAUUAAAAAAUAAAACCGAAAAUACAUCUCUUUUUUUUUUCACCAGCAGGUUCGAUGUGAAAACCAAUCUCAGCCGUUGAUUUCAAAUCUCCUCUCCGACCAAGCCUGUCACUCACAUUUCAUCAACAAUAAAUAUAUUUUUCUUUAUUUCUAUCUGAAAAACAGAGACAUCGGUCACUUGCAUUCGUCUUUAAUCUUCCCAGUUGAGAGCGGCGGAAAGGUUGAAACUUGCAGUUCAGAGAAAAAAGGGUUUCAGUUUUCUUCGCCCAUUUUUUUUGGUUUCUCUUUUUGAUCGAAGAAAAAAUGAACGCGGCGGUGGGGAGGCAGAGAUCCGGUUCGUCGGCGGCGCACCAUCAGCGGCAGUACUCCGACAAUUAUAUCGAAGCUUCCUCCAACGGGCGGUGGCUGCAAUCAGCUGGUUUGCAGCACCUACAUUCAUCGAACAAUGCGGCGCCUUCAGCUCAGGAUUUUGGGUACUAUAAUGGUGGGGGUCAGGGCUCGAGAAUGUACAGGAGUUUGCAAGGCCAGAGGACUUACAGUGGAGGCAGCGAUUUGUUUGCUGAGCCAUUGACGCCGCCGGAGAUUUCACGGAGGAAGAAUGGGGAUGACCAAGUUUCGCCCAAUGAAUAUAGCCCUGGUCUUUUGGAUCUGCAUUCAUUUGAUACAGAGCUACUUCCCGAGUUGGGAAAGAUAAAACUCUUGUUUGGUACGAAAUUGGAGGUAUCAGUUCCAGGGCCCUAUGAUGGCCCAUCAAUGAAUCAUUUUUCUAGGGGAAGAAGUUUUGAUGACUCUGACCCAUCGUACUUUGGGAACAACAAACAAGCUGGCCGAGCUCGUGCUGUGCCGGAAAGCAAUGUCCUGAAAAGCAUUGCCGCUGAUAAUGUGAAGGCCAGCAAUGUUGCCAAGAUCAAAGUAGUGGUGCGGAAAAGACCUCUAAACAAAAAGGAACUAACAAAGAAUGAGGAGGAUAUCAUAGAUACCUAUUCAAAUUCUCUUGUUGUCCAUGAGACAAAACUUAAGGUUGACCUUACUGAAUAUGUGGAGAAACAUGAAUUUGUUUUUGAUGCAGUGUUGAAUGAAGAAGUUUCAAAUGAUGAGGUCUAUCGUGAAACUGUAGAACCUAUUGUUCCAAUUAUUUUUCAACGUACAAAAUCCACUUGCUUCGCUUAUGGGCAAACAGGAAGUGGCAAAACUUUUACCAUGAAACCCCUGCCCCUAAAAGCUGUUAGGGACAUCUUGAGGCUCAUGCACCACACUUACAGGAACCAAGGCUUUCAGCUAUUUGUCAGCUUCUUUGAGAUAUAUGGGGGAAAGCUUUUUGAUCUGCUGAGUGAUAGGAAGAAACUUUGCAUGAGAGAGGAUGGUAAACAGCAAGUCUGUAUCGUGGGCUUGCAAGAAUACCGAGUCUCAGAUGUUGAGACGAUCAAGGAACUCAUUGAGAAAGGUAAUGCAACGAGAAGUACAGGCACCACUGGUGCAAAUGAGGAGUCAUCUCGUUCGCAUGCCAUUCUUCAGUUGACCAUUAAGAGGUCGCCAGAUGGCAGUGAAUCUAAACCUGCAAGGGUUGUGGGCAAGCUCUCCUUCAUUGACCUUGCUGGUAGUGAACGUGGUGCGGACACUACCGAUAAUGAUAAGCAGACCAGAAUGGAAGGAGCUGAGAUCAAUAAAAGUUUGCUUGCCCUGAAGGAGUGUAUUAGAGCACUUGACAACGAUCAGGGGCACAUUCCGUUUAGAGGCAGCAAAUUAACCGAAGUCUUGAGGGACUCGUUUGUAGGAAACUCCCGUACGGUGAUGAUAUCAUGCAUUUCACCAACCUCAGGAUCCUGUGAACAUACCUUAAACACCCUUAGAUAUGCCGACAGGGUGAAGAGCCUCUCAAAAGGAAAUAACUCCAAGAAGGAUGUUUUGACUUCGACUGCUAAUGUGAAAGAGUCAAUUGCGCAGCCUUUGCCUUCAAUUCCCCCACAAGCAUCGGCCUUUGAGGAUGAUACAGGCGAUUCAUGGCCGGAACAAACUGAUAGGGAUGAAUACGAUGAUGAUUUUUAUGAACCAGAGAAACCAACAUGGAAGAACACGAGAGUUGAUUCAUACAACUUUUCUAAUUUAGAUGAUAAAAUCAGGAGAACCAAUGGCCUGUCAAAGUGGAUGGAGCCUGCCAAGACAGAGAUAAAACAUUCAAAUUCAGAUGACAAUCUGAAUGCUUUACUGAAGGAAAUGAAUUUGCUGGUCGAGGCCGAUCAGCCAGGUAACCAGCUAGACAACUAUAUCUCUCGAUUGAACACUAUUCUGUCCCAGAAAGCUGCUGGCAUUCUAGACUUACAAAAUCAGCUGGCUCAUUUCCAAAGACGCCUGAAGGAGCACAAUGUACUUGUCUCCUCUGGUUAUUGA